CCGUAUACCGGUUACGUACAUCACUAGGCCCAGCAUUGCAUAUGCAGCUUGUGCGGACAUUACAAGACCAAGAGUUGUCUCCAAGACCCACCUGAAAUCUGGUGACCCUCUGCCUGAUUUGAGAGAUGGUGUCCCAUGGCUAUUUAGCAUGCGGUUCUCUCCAUUUGCCCACUCGGUACGCUUGGUUCUUAUGACAAAAGGAAUCAGCUAUGAUGAAAUCUACUGUGACUUGAGGAGAAAACCAGAGUUCCUUCUGGAACGCAAUCACAUUGGAAAAAUUCCUGUCCUGGAAGUCAAUGGAAAGAUAAUUAUUGAAUCAGUUGUCAUCUGUGAGCUGUUGGAGGAAUUGUAUCCAGAUCCACCUCUUUAUCCAAAGGAUCCCUUUGAAAAGGCCCAACAGAGGAUUGUCCUCGAAAUAUACAGAGCAAAGGUGUGCCAACCAAUGGAAUAUGCUUUACGCUCAUUCACAAAGGACAAUAAAGAUGUUGACACAGUUAUGGAUGGCCUUAAAAUAAUCGAGAGAAGACUUAUGAAACGAGAAACUCCAUUUUUUGGUGGACCCAAACCUGGAAUGGUGGACCUUAUUAUGUGGCCAUUCAACGAGGGUCUCAUAAUCCUGGAUCCAGAAUAUGAGAUGGUUAGAGCCCGAAUGCCUAACUUGUUUAACUACUUCCAGCAUAUGAUGACCAUACCCGCCAUCCAAGCUACUACUCUACCCCGGGAACUCCACGUCCAAUUCCUACUUGGGCUGCUGACCAAGAAAUUUCAAUAUGACUUUCCUGAAAUUACCCUUUAAUAACAGACCU